AUGGAUGAGAUUGCCCCCGAAUAUGACGUUGUCGUGCUGGGUACUGGUUUGACCGAGUGUAUUCUUUCUGGUGUUCUGAGUGUCAAGGGCAAGAAGGUCCUACACAUCGACCGAAACGACCACUAUGGCGGAGAGGCCGCUUCCGUGAACCUUGAGACUCUCUUCAAGAAGUACGGAAACUUCCGUGAGGGCGAGGAGCCCUGGAAGCAAUAUGGCCGCCUCAACGACUGGAACAUCGACCUCGUUCCUAAGUUCCUUAUGUCCUCGGGCGAGUUGACCAAUAUUCUCGUCUCUACCGAUGUUACACGAUACCUCGAGUUCAAGCAAGUCGCCGGCAGUUACGUCCAGCAGGGUGCCUCCAACAAGGCCACCGUCGCCAAGGUUCCCUCUGAUGCUGCUGAGGCCCUGCGAUCCCCCCUUAUGGGACUCUUCGAGAAGCGACGCAUGAAGUCCUUCAUCGAGUGGGUUGGCAGCUUCGACCCCAAGGAUCCCAGCACACACAAGGGCCUUGACAUGAACAACUGCACAAUGAAGGACGUCUAUGACAAGUUCGGCCUCGAGACAACCACAAAGGACUUCAUCGGCCACGCCAUGGCUCUCUACCUCACUGACGACUACAUUACCACCCCGGGCCAGGCUCCUGAGGCUAUUGAGCGCAUUCGCCUCUACGGAAACUCUGUUGCUCGAUACGGAAAGUCUCCUUACAUCUACCCUCUCUACGGUCUUGGCGAGCUUCCCCAGGGUUUUGCCCGCCUGUCUGCCAUCUACGGUGGCACUUACAUGCUCAACACCAACAUCGACGAGGUUCAGUACGAUGGUGACAAGGCUGUUGGCAUCAAGGCCACUAUGACUGGCGUCGAAGAGAUGAAGUUUGAGACUAAGGCCAAGAUGAUCCUCGGUGACCCCUCCUACUUCCCCAACAAGGCCAAGGUUAUUGGCCACGUUCUCCGAGCUAUCUGCAUCCUGAAGCACCCUCUUGCUGGCACGAAUGAUGCCGACUCCGCCCAGCUUAUCAUUCCCCAAUCUCAAGUUGGCCGAAAGAACGACAUCUACAUCGCCUGCGUUUCUUCCGCUCAUAACGUCUGCCCCAAGGGCUACUGGAUCGCUAUCGUCUCAACCAUUGCUGAGACCACAGCCAACCACCACGUCGAGCUCCAGGCUGGUCUAGACCGCAUCGGCAAGAUUGAGGAGCAGUUCAUGGGCCCUCCUAUCCCCAUCUACGAGCCUCUUGAGGAUGGUUCCAAGGACAACAUCUUCAUCUCCAAGAGCUACGAUGCUACUAGCCACUUCGAGACAACCACAGACGACGUCAAGGAUAUCUACCGCCGCGCCACUGGCGAGGAGCUUAAGGUAGAGGGUUUGAGGGAAGGUAUCCAGGUUGCUGAGGAGCAGUAA